AUGAUGAUAAUUAUAUUUGUCAAAUUUAUAUUACGCGAUCGUUUUACCUCAAGAUCGUUCAUAAACUUUAGGUAGUCCUUGAAGAUUGAUGUGUCCCUACACGUUCACUGACUAGUCCCCGUCAAGUUAACCUAUACCUCAGCGGGUAAGGUUUACGAACGCACCCCUAGUAGUCUCGUAACGUUUAUGGCUCCUGUGUCCUAACUUGACCCGAUCUAAUCCUUAUCCUAACCUGAUCCAACUCGAUCUAACCUAGACAAGUUGGUCGGCCUCGGCUAUCCGCAGAAUCCGCAUCCGCUGCUGCCAUUAAUCGUAGUCUCUCGCAAAGUCCGAAGCUAAAGCGAUAGAGCGAUGACGGACGCGGCGGACUUACCGGGCGCUAUCACCGGUCAGGGUCAGAGGACGGUGUCGAGGCUGCUGCGGCAGCGGGCCCAGGAGUUCCUCGCCUCGCGGAAACACGCCAACAACCUGCUAGAUAUAAUCGGUCAUUGGGACGAGUCCACGUGUUUAUGCCUGCUUACGAUAGAAACGGUGUUCGUUGAGGUACUGAAACGUGGGGACAUGUACCACGAACGUUCGAUAACUCUUACUAUUUCGGAACCUAGUGCCGAAUCUCGCUAUAUAACUUGGCUCAGAAAUUGCUAUGAGGAAGUUUGGAAAAAGAUACUAGCAUCUAUGGAAAAGUGUCGGUCAACCACUCAAUUGCAAACCCUUACCACUGCAAUAAAAUUGCUGGCAGAAGAGGGUAAAGCGCCAUUAGAGCCACGUGACCAAACAGGUUAUUAUUUUCCUUUGCAUCGUUUGAAGCCUAUUCUCAUGACGCUGCUUUCACCUGAAAAGGACAAUACAAAUUUAAUAUCGAGAUUUCAAGAGAUCAUCGAAUACCCCGAUGCUUUGUAUUAUACGUGGAAAUGUCUACCCUCUCUCACCCCAAAGAGGCAACCGCAAGAAACGUAUAUUAAGAACUUAUUAGAACUUAUAGAUAAAAUACCACUGCCAAAAGGAGAAGAAGAAUCUAAAGUAUCGGACAAUAAAGAGCUCCUUUGUGGACCACAAGAUGCUACAUUCACAUGGGAUCAAUCGGCCGUUAAGCGUGCGUUAAAUAAAGUUUGGGGCUGCGUUAUGCAUUGGGAACUUACGCCGCAAUUACAUAAACAGUUGUUACUGGUUUUGCUGGAACGAGUCAUGCCGCAUUUAGAAAAACCGAUAUUAUUGACAGACUUCCUAAUGGACUCCCUAGAUAUUGACGGUCCUGUCGGCGUGCUAGCCUUGCAAGGUGUAUUUGUACUGGUCACCAAACACAAUCUAGAAUAUCCAAAUAUUUUCACCAAGCUGUAUUCAAUGUUUGAACCAGAGAUUUUUCAUACCAAAUAUAAGGCUCGUCUGUUUUAUUUGUCUGAUUUGUUUCUCAGCUCGACACAUUUACCGGAAGCAUUGGUAGCGGCAUUUGCGAAACGACUCGCACGUCUAACGUUGGUCGCACCUCCGGAGGAUAUCCUAAUAAUUCUCCUUUUUGUGGGUAAUCUUUUACUCCGACAUCCGGGAUUAAAGAGGCUGAUUGAUCAUCCGCAGGGCAGCGAAGUCGCCUCUGGUGCAGGUGAUCCGUUCCUCAUGGAGGAACGCGACCCGUUAUCGAGUAACGCGUUGCUUAGUAGUCUCUGGGAAAUCCGAGCGUUGCAAUGGCACAUCCUUCCCAGCAUCGCCAGUGCAGCGCGUUUUAUUCGCGAGCCGCUGCCUUCUGUUGAAUACGAUAUGGCUUCUGCGUUGGAGCGCACCGGUGGCCAUCUCUUUGAUCGCGAAUUGAAAAAUAAGGUCAGGGACAUCAUGUUAACGUUUGAAAGGCCAAACUCUAUGGCGCUGCCAAAGGGGGAGAAGCUGCUGCAAUAUUGGCAACUCACGAGUACGCAUUGAUUUCUUUCCUCUGUAUACAACGUGAUCGCCAAGGUGCAAUAUACGUGAAUGGGAAGGCGUACUAUUGUCGAUCAUCAUUGAGAACGACUAUCCUCGCGGUUCAGAUGAAAAAUAGACAUUUUGCGUUUUAUACGACGUAUUUAUGAUGAGCGAAAGAGACGACAGGGUGUCUUUUUCUGCGCUGUUGAACAUCCAUGCUUAAAAUAACGAGUUUGUGCGUAAAUCAUUCAAUUCGCACAAAUGAAAAAAAAACUGCUUUACGUUAUUUGUUCUACAUUCAUCUUGUAUGUAAACCAAUAAUUUAUAUAUUUUUUGCGUAAACGAUGAGAUUCGUAUCAUUCAACUUUUUCGCUGUGUUCCUUGUAUAAUUUUAAUAAAAAUUACCGCUAUCUUGUUAUACGUUAAAUUUCUUUGUCAAACUCGUCUAUAGAUAGAUUAGAACGUCAACAUAUCAUAGAGACACGUAUCUCAUUGGCUUUUAUGUCUUACAUAUAUAAUUAUGCAAGAAAGGAAGGAAAUGUAAAUAUUGACUAGACGAACAUCAGCGAUAAAUUAAUCUUGAUACACAAUUGAGAUCAAUAUUUAAAUAUAAAAAUUCAAAUAAGAAAUAA